GCCUUUUAUGGCUUUUUAAAUAUGAGGCAAGCCUUGCUGAGAUUGAGUAACAAUGUUUGGUUUUCAAACACACGUUUUAUUUACAGCAGGGCAUUGCUCUCUUCGUAAAUCCAUAAGGAUAUAUAAGGACGGUUCAAACAUUUUUACAGAAAAUUUACUUAAAAAGAAAUGUUUGCGAUUUCGCGGCUUUAAUAGCGGAGAUUUUACCAACUCAUGUUUUCCUGGACUAAAAAGGAUUUGAAAAGAUAAUAUUAGCGAUGUGUGGGUUUAUGUUUAUAACGAGUUCGUUCGCAAAGUCAAAAUCCCCUUUGUUUUAACGUCAUGUUUGUUUAUAUAUUUAUCUUCGUGAGUAAACAACGAAGGCGGCAAAAAUUCGUGAUGACGGAAAAAGGAUAACUUUCAUCAUCAUGUUGCAAAGUUGUUGCGACAAAAAAUAAGAUUAAAAAUAAAGGAGUAAAAAAAUAGGUAGCCACUAAACAGAAUGGUGUAUGUUUACCUCGUGUCAAUGUUUUGAACACUUCUUCGCUGUGAGUUAUAUUACAAAGUCGAAUGCUGAUAAAACGAGGGAUGGAAGAUCAAUGAUGGAGAGCAUCAAUACAACUUGUGAGUUCGUCAGCACUUUUAUAAUCAUCUUUGAAAAGUUGUAGUAUCGAGAUGUUCAACCAGACCAGUGUUUUUAUCUGUCUGUCUCUGCUAAGUUAUCUUGGGCUCACAAAUUGUUCUGGUAUUCUGGAGAUUGAACUUGUAAAAUAUGAUGGAGUUACAAAUUUUUUUUCUAAUGGUUUGGUAGAAUGUAGGGAAAUCUCAAGAAAAUGUGCAUAUAGUUUCCAGAUAUGUAUUAAUAAAGUUAAUAAUCCAGCAAAAAAGCAAUGCAUCGGUACGGAUAAACUGCGCGGUAUUUCAACAACUGUGGUGGAGUUCCAUCAUGAUGUUUUAAACGCUUCCGCAUCGAUUCGAAAUCCAUGGAGCAUACCGUUUCAACGCGUACUAGACGAAUUCCAAAUGAACUUUAUUAUAUACAACGAAGGGAAAUUUUUUGAUUCACUACAAGGAAAAUUUACCACCACCUACGCAACAAGAGAAAACACCGGUAUAUUUAUCCCUCAUGAAUUAAAAGUUAAAGACGCGAAAUGGAUGAAUGCAGGGCGAAAACUUAUGUUUCAAUAUAGGGCCAGUUGUUAUGGCAACUAUAAUCUACCAGAUUGCUUAACACCAAUAUGCAUUGGUCGAGACGACGACUUUGGGCAUUACACCUGUAGUAUCCAUGGUAAUAUGACCUGCUUACCAGGAUGGAAGGAUAUUACCUCGAACUGUACAAAAUCAAAUGUGUCAAGCAGCAUUUCCAGCGCACCAAUCACAAUACGUUCGAUAAAAACCUCCGUCCAAUCAUAUAAAACAUCACAAUUGACCAGCCAAUCAAAAGUUUUGGAAACAACGUCGAUCCAAUCAGAAACACUUACAUUUAACACUAAGAUGUCGCAUCAUACGCUAACGCCGACUUACGGAAACUCUGCUAAAACUAACGUUUUCGAAACGAAGACAACUUUUAGUUCGCCGUUGACUUCUACACGUAUGUCAGUUAGCAAGAAAAUGACUAGAAGUGCCACUCUCUCUUGGAAUCGCUUACACUCAAGAACACCUUCAAGUAAGGUCUUAACAAUACAAUCGACAACUGUCGUACGGUUAGUUAAGACUUUAACGUUAUCUGAAACGCCAUCGACAAGAUGUACGGCAACACCAGCCACAUCACCAAUCAAAACAAAGCACAUGGACACAACGCAUAUAACUUCUUCUAGCAAUGUUAAACGAACGAGUAAAUAUUCGAAAACCGUUCUGUACGUAACUCCUUCAUUUCGGUCGUCAUCUGUUCCUUCCCGUGAUGUAAUGACAAGUAAAACACCAUUUUUGAAUACAGCUUCACUUCAAAAAGACAGUCGCGCAAGUCAACAUGUCGUCACAUCAGCUUCCACAAAACACGAGAAAUUUUCGUUGAUAAAAUCAAAAUCGAAAAGCCGCUUAGUCAUACUAACCUCGUCAGUCUAUUCGACAUAUAUUCCACCAGUCGUCCGACAAAGUCACGACAUUAAGAUCAACGUCAACUAUGUGCUGUUAGUUCUUACUAUCGUUGCGAUCAUGUUGGUUGUUUUGCUAGCCAUUUGUUUGACAUGCCAAAGGCGUCAAAUUCGCAAGCGAUUGAAGCAACACGAAGCACAAAUAGACGAAUUAAUUUUACGCAGUUGGUCACUAACUAACAUGCGCAAAGAACGCUCUUCAACAGAUUUGUCUUUGGAUGGGAAAGCACAAGACAUCCACGACAGAAAUCAAGAAAUAUUAGACACACCAGGAGGAGAGUUUUUUGGCUUUGUUAAUCAAAUGUUUAAACGAGACACACAAAGCGACUUAAACGUCGAAAAGACGCAACAAGCGUCGAAUGAUUACGGCAAAAGACCGUCUAUCGGUCCAAGCAAAUCACCGAGUGGCGUUGAGAAACUUCAAAAACAAAAUAAAAAUAAAAUGAAAAAUAAAAGAACUGAGCUUCCUUAUAACCAAGCUAUCAUAGAGAACGCAGUUGCUAGUAGGGACAAGCCAACUACAGAAAACUCCAGAAGACAUGAGCCAACUUCUGUACUACCAUCACCACCGCCCCCACCUCCUCCCCCACCGCCCGUAUUACCACCUUUAUUAAGCAAUAAUCCGAAACCCAACCGUUUAAGUACUCUGCCAGUAAAACAGCCACCACUUAAAUCACCAUUCGAUUCAAUGUUGGAUGAAUUUAGAGCGCGAAGCAACUCUCGAAAAGCUACUACACUGAAUCGAGAACACGAGAAAAACGAAGAAAUCCAACUCAAAGAACGCUCUGUGACGUUAGGAAGAGAGGUGCCUAGAAAUAAACUUAUCGAUGAAAUACCGAGAGAGAAACACGCUCAAAAUCGUCUAUCUCGAGGAAACGGAUACAUCCCAGGACAGAAGUGCAGUGAUAAAAAUAUAGAAGAGGAUGAAUUUCUUGGAUUUCACAAUAAAUUAUUCGUCAUGCAACCAUAACAGCAAAAGCAAAAAAAACGGACCAGGUGUCGUAAUUUUUAAUAAGUAUUCAGAGCUUAGUUUACAUAUACAACUGACGACUUGUAAAUUUUCUUAUAAUUUCGGCAAUGAACUAAAAAGCCGAAAAUCACAUAUUUCUUGAAAACAAAAACAACGAUCGCCAAAAUUUUGUCAGCAAAUAAAUAAUGCUAUUAAGAUAGGAUUCGACAAGACAACGACAGUCUGUAGAUGAAGGUUUAUCAUGACACAUCCGUACUUUUCCAUUCUUUAUACGAUUUGUAGCCGCUCGUAGCGUAGUACUAUAGCGGGUUCGUCUGUGACCCGCAGAUCGAGUCAAGCAACCUCGACCGCAGGCU